AUGUUUGGGGAAGAAACCAGUGACCGGGGCCUGGUGACCGGAUUUCCCAAAAGGCAUACGUGGACCAUUGCCAAAAAGCGAAAAUUUUCUUUUUUUUUUCUUCUUGAAAAUAAAUGACAUUUCAUAUUUCUUUUCUUUUAUUGCUUAGCUUUCUCAGAUCCUAAUUGAAUGUGACGAUAAGAUACCUAUACUGAAAAACUGUUAUCUUGCUUCUUCCACUAAAUUUUACUUAUGGCAUUCUUUUGAUUGUGAAAUGUUACGUUUAUUUUGUAUUUCUUGCAUUUUUUGGAAUUGACGUUAAUCUACUAGUCAUUUCUAUCGCACUCCAUUUGUUAUCACAAUCUCCUAAGUACGUUUUCGAAUUUUUUGUACUAAAUCUCCAAAAAUUCAGAAAUGCUAAUCAAAGUCAAAACACUGACAGGAAAGGAAAUAGAGUUGGACAUUGAGCCCAACGAUCGUGUUGAGAGGAUCAAAGAAAAGGUAUAGUUUGACUUUUUUUUUAAAGUUUAGACAGAAAAAGUGUUAAGGUCGAAGAGAAGGAAGGAAUUCCACCGCCACAACAAAGGCUCAUUUUCGCUGGCAAGCAAAUGAACGACGAUAAAACGGCUACUGAUUAUAAAGUGAGUGAAAAUAACCGAAGUAUAAAUUUGAUAUAAAUUCAUUUUGAACUUUAUUUUUCAUAUUUAAUUGCUACGAUGAGACAACUUUGAAAAAAAACAGUGACCCAUAUAUUGAGGUGCGAGAAUUUCAAAAAGCAGUAGGAAAGUUUGACAAAAGAAUCUUUGAACUCUAAGAUUAUUAGCAAGUAUAACUUUUUCUAUUACUCUUGAAACUGAGCUUGAUUGAAACGCGUUUAUUUCACAAAUAUUUUUUAAACAAAAUAAAAAUGAAGUUUUUGAGGUUGUCGGUGGCUCUGUGCUACAUCUCGUGCUCGCUCUUCGAGGAGGGUCAAAUUGAUUUCGAUAAUAGGUAUUUUAUUUUUUGCUUCUCCGGAGCAAAAUAUGUUCUAUUAAUUUGCAGAACCUGCUUGCACUCAGCUCGACUACGGUUUCUCACUCGCCCUGGCUUUUGA